AUGGAAAUGCGUAAGCAAUCCUUGCGUUGCGGCCGUCGCAUGUUUGACGACUUUAUAGAGCGACGGCCUGGCGCUGCCAGAGACCUUGAAAAGCGGUUGAAUAAGAAGGCUGCAACCGGCUCUGGACCCAGCCAAGAUCAAAGGUCGGCCGCAAACUCCCGAGCAAAAAGUCCACCAACCACUGUCAGUGCCCAAAGCCCGCGUUCGUGGGAUAACGAUAUAUCAUUGGAGACUCCAUCUCGAUCCUAUGAGCCAUGUUUACGGGGCAGAGCCGACGAUUCAAUAUCCAUAGAUUGCGAUCCGGAACGCCACUGGCUGCUAGUCUGUGCGAGAUCAAAGGAGCGGCCCACGAGUCUUACGCAACUAGACCUCUGUUGCACCUCAUCUGACAAGGAGCUCUUCCAGGAUCUCAAGCAAACUUAUGUGAGACUGAAAAGCAAAUGGGCCCGGGUAUUUUCAUUCAAAAAGGUCCAGAGUAUCCGUUUCGUUCAGGGUCAGUUUGAACUGCACAUCAAAGAUCUCGUAGACAUCCGCAAGGUACCCGACAUGCCCCCGGAGACGAGAAAACAUGAAUACCUCUACCAACCUUGCGACCUGGUCCCUCCCGUAGGCGAAAAUCUGAUGGCGCAUCUCUUCCACCACCCCGAGGAUGCGAAUGAGAGGUCGAUAACAUGUCUCCGAGCGCCGAAAAAGCGCAAAGCCAAGCUUUCAGUUUGUCCACAGCAAGGCACCAGCGUGGGAUGGGGAAUCCACCUCGUCGAAGGCUGGGUCGUCGCACGAGUCUGGCUUCUCAUCCUCAUCUUGUUCAUCUUCGGGAGCCUUGCUUUUGGCAUAUGCUGGGCUGCACUGCAACACGAUGUUCAAACAGCUUUUGCCGUCUCGGCGUAUAUUGUGUCUCUCGGUGGCCUUGUCGCUGGGACUAUGCAGGCUUUUAUGGCAUGA